UUAUUUUUUAACAUAAUUCUAUGUUACAGAUUAUUCAUAGCAUUUCAAAUGCUUCUUUGUUUAUAUAUCCUUCAGGAACCAGUGCCAGUGAUGCGCAUUUCCAGGCGUAUCUUCUUGAAGGGCAGAUGCGCUGGAAUGAUUACCGGAUGGAGGACGCCGGGAAAGGAUCACCUUCCGUCCGCUCUUACGGCAGCACUCUUGAGAGGGGCAGUGGACCAGCUCAGCCGACAGGUGCUAGGGACAUGCUGGGAUGAGCGCUAUCGCACUCCGGGAGCGUACACAGGUGAAUUGUUCGGAAUGGAGUACUUGUACAGCCAGACUGGCAAAGCACUGACUCCAGUGCUCCAGAACCCAGUGGAGGAGGCCAGACUGGUGGAGGAGAUCAAUGAUGAUGACAUUCAAGAUGAGGGAUUUGAAGAAGAGACCACAGAGGACAUCACAGUUCCUGUUCUCCACGAGGAUGACCCCUCCCGUCAACUGCCCUCAUCGCUGAUGGAGAUUCCUCAGGCUUCUCCGCCUCAGGCCCCUGCAUCACCUGAUGAUCUGCCGUCCAGGUCAUGUGAUAGAGGACAACAACCUGCCGCUGCCCCUUCAGUACUGCCUGACACCUCUCAGGCUGCACUGGACAGUGAAACCAAUCUGUCCGACGAGGCUCAGGUAAGACACAUUAAUGGCUUUUUCAAAUUAAACUCAAUUACAUUUUAUUUCCCAUUUACUAUUACUACUAAUCAAUACAUUUAUUAUGGAGCAGUCAUUGGACCGAAUGGGGUCGCUGGGUGGGACAAAGUCCAGGACCUCGUUGCUUACCUGUUGGGUCUCCCUGAGGCAUCUUACCUCACUCAACUGCAGGUGACCCAGGUCAUCCAGCUGUGGACAGCUCUCCCUGACUGUGACAAGAAGCGGGUCAUCUACCAGUCUCGUCAUCAGCGGGCACAUUUUUACAUUUGGCUUUCCUUUGGCAGGCAGCCCGAGCAAAUGCAUGUCGAUUGAUUACAAUUUGUAGCCAACUUAACAUUGUUUUCAAUGCAUAAAGGACCCCAAAAAGGUGAUACUGGAUCAUGUGGAAAAUUAAAACAUUAUCACUAUUACUAUUAAUGUAGGUAUUAAAACUGAUGAUUCAUUCAAAAAAGAAAGAACUCUAGAACCUUAAACCAUGGGGAGAAAAAAAAGCAAUACAUUUUGAUUUGUAUAAUAUCGUUCGCGGCUUAUGCUUAAUUUUCCUCCAAUAAACAGAUGAAAUACUUUG